GUAAGCACUGACCAGCUGAUCUAGAAUCUAGAGCAGAAAGCAGAUAAAUAUUUUUUAGGUUAGAAUUCAACUUAUUGUAUUUUCAAAAUACUAUCAAUUAUUAUUAUGUGAUAUUAUAUCAUUACCAAGUCAUUUAAGUUAUUCAAACUCUGGAUCAACUAGAAUAACUCAAUUUUUAUCUCGAAAUUGAUUUAUUCACAAUGUUUUCAAGAUUAAGAUCUAGUGCUUCGCGUUUCAAGAAUUUGCCAAGAAGGUUUGAAUCUUCUACAACUUUUCAGUCACCAACAGGCAACAAGACCCAUUUUGGAUUUCAAACGGUGGAUGAAGAUUUAAAAUCGACAAAGGUGCAUGCUGUUUUUGAUUCGGUUGCUAGCUCGUAUGAUCUUAUGAAUGAUGCUAUGAGUUUUGGAAUUCAUAGGGUAUGGAAAGAUACAUUUAUGCUCAGGAUGAGCCCUACUCCUGGAACCAAGCUCUUGGAUGUUGCUGGUGGAACUGGUGAUAUAGCGUUUAGAUUUUUGAAUUAUUUAAAGACAGAAUCUCUUUUGUCAAAUGACAAAUUAGGUAAAAGCUCAGUUACUGUGUCUGAUAUUAAUCAGGCAAUGCUAGAUGUUGGAAAACGAAGGGCGGAAAAGCUUGGUUUUACAACAGGUGAGGAUAUUAAUUGGCUUCAUGCAGAUGCUGAAAACUUGCCUAUUGAUGAUGAUACAUAUUCAGCCUAUACAAUAGCUUUUGGUAUUCGAAAUGUUACUCAUAUAGAUAAAGUUCUUGAUGAAGCAUAUCGUGUGUUAAAACCUGGUGGUAGAUUCAUGUGUUUGGAAUUCAGUCAUGUCAAUAAUGAGGCUCUUCAGUGGAUGUAUGACCAAUAUUCUUUCCAGAUGAUUCCAGUAAUGGGUCAAGUGAUUGCUGGUGAAUGGAAAGCUUAUCAGUAUCUAGUGGAAAGUAUACGCAAAUUCCCUAGUCAAGAAAACUUCAAAGAAAUGAUACAAGCUGCAGGAUUUAGUCAAGUUACUUAUGAGAAUAUGACAUUUGGUGUAGUUGCAAUUCACUCAGCCUUCAAAUUAUAAUUUAAAGUGAAUUAAUAGUCAAAGGGUAAUACAUAUUUUUGUAUAUAAUUAAUUGUUGUUCUUUUGUAUGCACGUUUUCAAAUAUUGUAUUGCUUGUGUCAUAUUUCGUCAUCUAAAAAGUUGUCAUUUUGUUUUAAAUUAGAUUUAACAAUUGUAAUCUACAAAUAAACUGAAAAAUCAGAAAACAUUUAAAUAU